AUGUCUCGUUUAACUAUCCUGCGUGGCUACGCUCUCAGGGCCGACCCUGACAAAGCGAUCCCUGCGUCGAUCCUGCUAGCUCACAACGCUGAUACUAUCACAAUAUUCGACGCAUUCCCCAAAUCCAUAUUCCAUCUGCUCGUCCUGCCACGUGUCCUUCCGCCGUUUACUGUCUUCGAGCUCACGAACCUCCGGACCCUGCUCAAGUGCGACAAAGCACGGGCAAAGGACCUCCUGGACAGGCUGAAUGAAACGGCCAAGACUGCGCGAGCGAUGAUUGAGGAAGAGAUGAUGAAGAGGUAUGGUUUCAAGUGGGGUAUCUGGACCGGGUUCCAUGCUGUGUCCUCUAUGGAACACCUCCAUCUCCACGUCAUCUCGUCCGACUUAUGCUCCGCCAGUAUGAAGGUCAAGAAGCAUUAUAACUCAUUUAAUCCUAAACUGGGUUUCUUUCUUCCCCUUGAUGACAUCCGCUCUUGGUUCGAUGCGGAGCCCUCAUACUUUGCCAUGAUGUCCCAGCUCAAGCCGAGCCAGUACGAGCCUCUGUUAAAGGAGCCUUUAGUAUGCUGGCGAUGCGACAAAGAGCAGAAGAACAUGCCCACGCUUAAAACGCAUCUACAGGAAGAGUGGGACGAAGAAGCGAAAAGAGAGAAGGCGAAGCUCGAGAGGAAAAGGAAGCAUAGUUCCGCCUCCCAGGGGCAAGCAGGCGAAUUAGCUGAUGAAGAAACGAAGAAGCAGCACACCGAAUCGCAGUGA